AUGGCUCUGGAGAUGCUGGCGUGGGUGUCUGGUCCUGGCUGCAGUGGGCGGCUGCAGGGGGAUGUGGAUGAGCCAGCCAUGAAGCGAAGGGGGGGACUGCGUGGGUGCUGUCUGCCCCGGCUCUUCCUUUCCCCCUCCUGUUGGCAUCGAGAAGGUCUCUCACCAGCUGCCCAGAGCUUGUCAGGAGUUUGUGUGUCAGAGACCUCUGCCCUUCAGUUUGUCAAAAUUGAACGGGAGUCCCGAGAGCAUGAGGAGCCGACCACAUCAGAGAUGACAGAGGAGACUUACCCGCCCAAGGCCUACCGGCCCAAGCACGGCCGCCUUUCCGAGCUCAAGGCGGAGGCCCUGAAGAAGGACCGCCGGAAGAAGCUGACCCUGGCCAAGUUCGUGGGCAUGGCCGAGAACACGGCGCACCCCCGCGUUGUCAUCCCCGAGCUCCGGCAAGAAUUUGAGCUGGGCCCCUGCCGCAGGCACAUGGAAGCAUCCCUGCAGGAGCUCAAGAGCAGCCAGCGCAUGGUCCCCCGUGCUGUCCACCUCCCCAACUGCGACCGAAAGGGCUUCUACAAGAGGAAGCAGUGCAAGCCCUCCCGAGGUCGGAAGCGUGGGUUGUGUUGGUGUGUGGACAAAUACGGAAUGAAGCUGCCGGGGACUGACUACCUGAGUGGGGACCUGCAGUGCCACGCGUUCGACAGCAGCAACGUGGAGUGAAGUUGCAUCCCCUCCCUCCACCCCAUCACUACCUACCCAGGCUCCCUUCCACCCUCCCCUCUGCACCUCCCCGCGCCCCGGGACUCCGAUUCCUUUCAUCUCAUGUAAGAAGAAAAAAAG